GGAGGCCAACCUUUCCGCCAACGUCACUGCAUGGCUCAUGGGUUUAUGCAAUUGCCGUGGCGUCUACUUCAUACUGGAGAAACCCGUGCAAAGCCGUCUCUUUUCGUGGCCAGCGAUAGAGGUCAUGCUGGACGUGUGUGCUGCCAAACAGGCCCUGACUUAUCUUGGGGCAUACACGGACAACAAAACCAUCCCGAAAGCCAUCCACUUGGCCACGACGCUGCCCAAGAGUGUCCACCACAUGUUCGAGACGAAGAAGCCUAAGCCCGUUCUGUCUGAGGCAGAGAAAAAGGAGUUCCACUCGGUAACCAAGGAGGGCUGG